AGACCACAAUUCAAAGACAGAGUCAGAGUGACAGAGGCCACAGCCUAAAAUUUCAAAUCCGAACGCCGGAAACAAGCCGCUGAAACUGCCCAUCAAUCAUCCACAAACAGUUGACGUCAAUAAUCAAAACAUAAGUUGGCCAGGAUGCCAUUGCCAGGUGCUCUAGACCCAAAUCUCAGUUUCUCUCUCCUACCCAAAACUCCAUUUCAGCAAUCCUGGCGAAUUUUACCCAGAAUUCAGAGCUUAAGCAGAAAUCCGCCAUCCAAGUUGAUGUUUGCGGUGGUGAAAUGCAGCUCCAAUAACCAGCAGGCAGACAGUGCUAGUGGUGGAGGCGACAACGGCAGCUUGAAGAAUGCCUUAUCUAAUAUUGUGGAUAAAAGAGUGGAAGAAUUGUUGGGUAAAGAAGAAAAUAGGGAUAUGUUGGAUAAGCUUAAUAAGGCUUCUGAAAGAGUACAGCUUGCUAAGAAAGAACUCGUUGAUAUUCAAAGGCAAGAAGUUGAAGCACAAAUGAUGAGGAAAUACAUUGAUGAACUCGAAGCCAAGGCAUCUGAGAUUGCAGAAUGCCAGAAGGAAGUAUUAGAAGCAAGAGCAAUGGUUGAAGAAGCAGAAAGAUCUUUAUCUAUUAACAUGGAAGAGAAGGGCGAAAUCAGCCGGGAAGAAGAGAGGUGGGAAUCGGUGAAAGCUGCUUCAGUUGCUGCUUUAGUAGGAACCCUCGCAGCUGCUCCGAUUUAUCUCACUAAGGUGACAAGCAGUACUGAGUUGUUGCUUCCAUUAGGAGUCACAUUUGCUAGUUGUGCAUUGUUCGGUGUCACUUUCCGGUAUGCAGUCAGAAGAGACUUGGAUGAUAGUCAUCUUAAGUCAGGGGCAUCUGCAGCUUUUGCUGUUGUAAAAGGUCUUGCUACAAUGAGUGGAGGAUCUCCUCUGGAACUGAACUCAGCAAGUUUCCAAUCGCAUGCUGUGGAUGGGGCAUUUUUUGUGCUCCAGGAUCUGUUUAUAUUCACUUUUGCUGCUGUUAGUUUGGAUUUCUGCUUUAAAUCGAGGUUUAUAAGUCCAUUUCCUAUAGAGAGAGAUUAAAUCUGAGGAACAAAUUGAGUGAGUUGCCAAUGCUUAUCUGUAACAGUAAUUGUUUACCGAGGUUGUUACUUGCAACAAAAGUACUAACUCUCAAGUCUCAAUGAUUGUAUGUGAAUGUUCAGAACUUCUAACUUCAUGUAUGCAUGGUAGUAUAUUGCAGAAAUUCAUAUUCAUAAGUAUUUGUGUUGUUUCCCA